CCAUAACUACGUUUUAUUGGUACAAUUUCGGUACCAGAAUAACUAUUAACGUCGUUUUUUUUUAUUUUUUGAAUCAUCAAUGUAAUUCUUGUUGGAAUGGCUAAUUGUUGAGAAAGAAGUAAUUUGUUAAGUGUUAUUUCAAACUGUUUCUGUGUAGUAAUGCUUCAUCUACUAUGUGACAUCGUUGAAUCAUUGGUUGAAAGAAAAAUAAAAAAAAAUAAACAUAAAAUCUUACAGAUCUAAUGUCAACGUCAACAUCCACAAAGAUAUUGAUAAAUUGAACUCUCACCCUGAUGCGCCUUUAUUUGAACUGGUAGGCAUUAUGUUUAGGAAAAACAAACACGCAAAUAAAGCAAAGCUAGAACAUAAACUGUAUUUGGCUCGUGAAGAUCCAGAACCCAUUUUCGAUUUAUCAGAAUGUGAACUGCAAGACGUUCCAAGUGGGGUCUAUUCUCUCUGUAGAGUGUUUCUCAAAGAAUCCCUGAGGCUUGAACAUAACUGUUUAUCAUCACUCUCAGGAGGGGGAAAUUUGAAGGACCUGUUUCUGUUGAAAAUUUUGGAUAUUAGUGAUAAUAACUUUAAAACGAUUCCUGAAAACAUUUAUUUACUGACAGGUUUACAAGAGUUUUAUGCCAAGAAUAAUAAUAUAAAAGCAAUAUGUGAAAGCUUUUGUAAGUUAACAAACCUGAGAGUGUUAGAUAUUUCCAAUAAUUCAAUAAAACAAUUACCAGAAGACAUUGGAAGUUUGGUGAAUUUGAGAAAAUGUGAUAUGAGCAAUAAUAAGUUGAAAAAAUUACCGAAAAGUAUUUACAAGUGGAAAAAGAUCAAUUCUUUAGCAUUGGAUAGUGCCGAUUUUGUUUUUCCUCCUGUAGAUGUUGUCCAAAAUGGUUUAAAAUCGAUAAUGAAAUUUAUUUGUGAACACGAAGCAGUUCCAUUCACUUACUCACCCUGUGAAGAUAUCAGUGAAGACGACAUUGAUCAGGCAAUCGGAAUAAAAAAGUCUAGUAGUUUCCAGCAGCAGAAAGUGCAAGAGUUUUUAGAAAUAGAGAGAUAUAAUGAGAUUCUUAGAAAGCAAGAAGAGGAAUUUGCCAACGCUUCAAAAAUAAAAAGAGAGAAACUCUUGGCUGUUUUGUCCAAACAGUCAAACCAAUUUGACCAAGAACUAAACAAACUUCAGCAAAGUAAAGAGAUCGAAAGGUUUCGGUUGAUCGAGCAACUUCAGGAGGCUGAAAAUAACGCAGAUCUGGCUAUAAGUCAAUUACUUUCUCUGAACAAUGAACCCUCAGGUCAGAUCCUCGAACAAGAAAAAUUAGAAGAGGAGAGAAUGCUGGCAGCAAUCAAUCGUUAUAAUGAAACUUUGAGGAAAGAAGAUAUCUUAGAAGCAAUGGAGGAUAUUUUAGCCCAAGAAACAAUGAAAUUUAAAGAAUUUGAUCAGAGUCGAAUUGAAUCAUCAAGAAGCAUAUUAGAACGAGAAACAAAAGAUGAUUCGAAAUUGCUAGAAAUCCUUCAAAGCCAGGAUGAACGUAAAAUGGAACUAGUAAACCAACUCAAAAUAGAUAGCGAUUUACAAAGAGCUGCGGUUGGUACACUUCUUGAAAGGGGUGAUGCCAGGAGCUGGGGAAUCUUACAGCAGAUAAGAUUGGUGGAAGCUCAACUGGCUGCUCUCACCAAAUUAGAAAUUGACAAAAAAACUCUUCAAAUGGAUCAGCAGCUGAACGAUUUUUGUGAAAAACGGUACAAUUUAUCAAUACUGUUGAUGGAGCUACUGGAACAACAAAAGGAACGCAGAUCUCAGCUAAUUUCUACUCUGCAGAUUAUGGAACAAAGCAACAACCAAAACAUGGAAGAUUUCUGGUUGAAACAAUAUCAGAGGUUAUUGGACAAGUUACCAGAGGGAUUAUCUGAAGCACAAAAAAAUAUUUCUCCUUCACUGGCCCAAGGUCUUCUUGUUAAUGGAGUGAUUCAUUGCCUGCCAUUCUUAGCUAAACUGACUCAAAGACAGUGCGAUAUUAGAAUGAUCUCUGAUACUGAUCUACUAGAGGCGGGAGUGAACAGCGAGAAAGAACGCAGGAGCAUUCUUGAUGUUUUCUGGACAUAUGAGAAAGAAAAAGAGACUUGUGGAUUUUCUAAUGUUGGUGUUGUAACCCCCUCUGCACCAAUGGAGGCUAGUGCAUCUGCUCCUCCUUUGCCCUUGGAACCGUCUGCACCUAUUUCUGAUACCAUUAAGGCAAUAAGCUCGGCUGAGUGUGUGGUUUGUUUGGAUUUAGAAUGCGAGAUUAUAUUUGUGCCAUGCGGUCAUAUAUGUUGCUGCUGUCAUUGUUCAAAAAAUGUUUCUGAAUGUCCACUUUGUAGGUCAAGCAUUGAAAGAAAAAUUACGCUUGUUCUUUAGUGAUAUUUUACAUUGACUCGUCAAUUUUAACUACUAUAUGCCUUUCAAUUUAAAGCUACAAUUUUAUCUCAGGUUUCAGGAUUGUUCAUUCUUGAAUGUGGGGGCUUUCUUUGUUGAAUAUCGCAUUUGAAUGUUUGUAUUAUCCUACAUAUUCUUGUUAAUAACAUUAAUUCAAUACCUAAACCAGAGAUACUUCUUUUAUGUGAUAUAGUCUACUGCUAAAACUUUAUACACAAAUUUUAUUGUUUUCAACAAUAGACUUCUUGAAAUAUGCAGAGUUGGCCAAAUUCACUCUUUAUGAAUUGAUAUCCCAAUUCAUGUGAAAAACUUGUGUUCAUGAAUUGACAUUUCAUCUGUUUUUGUGAAUUGCUACUUUAAAAAAAUUCACUAUACUUAUUUUCAAAAUAAGUAAAAAGCUAUAAUAGGGUUGAACUGAAUAAUAUUUUUUGUGGAAUAACUUUUUUUUGGGAGUCACACACGGGACUUUUUUUUUAGUUGAAGAGAGGAAAAGAAAGAUAUCAUUCUUGGUUUAGUUUUUGAUUCAGAUUGUGAAAAAUUAUAAAGAACUAAUAUACAUUUCUCAACAUCAUCACUUUUUUGACAGAUAUUAAAUUCAAUAUUGUUUUUUUACCUGAAUGGGCUAUUAUGUAGUUCAAUUGAAAGAAUAUAAUGAAUAAUAAUGUAUAUUUUGUAAGCCUAUCAAUUAAAAUCUCAAUUCAUUUUUCAAUUUGAAACAUUUGAAACUCAUUUUUAAGGGAAUUGAAGCCAUUAAAAAUUAAUUGAUUUCAGUUCUCCAUAACAAAUAAUUAUUUGAAAAAAAACAGUGGAAAAAUGAAUUGAAGUUAAUAUCAAAAUAUGGCCUAACUUGGAAUGAUAAAAAUAAUCUCAUAAGUAUAGUAUUAAUAUACUAAACUUUUUCUGAUAUUUACAUAAAUAAGAAGUUCCGAAUUUAUUCAUAGAAAAUGUCCGUGAAUAAAUAAAAAAUUGGUUUUCUAGUCACUUUGGGGAUACGCUGGUGUCCCAAAUAUAGUCAUUGUUAUGUUGGUUAAAGAAUAAAUAACCAAACUUUGCUUUAACUUUUUUUUAAUAUUUACUUUUCUCAAGAUCAUAAGUAAUCACAUCAUUUUUUAACUGAUGAGGACUGUUGCUAUAGUAAUAUACCAAGCACAUAUGUUUAUUAAUGAAAUAAUCUUGUUCAGAGUGACAAAUGAUUUUCAUAUUUAUAGAAAAUAUUUAGAUAUGUCAGCCUCUGCUACCCUGGUAAUUUUUGAAUAAUCAGUAUUUAAGUGUGAAAUAAACAAAUCCUUCAACGAUGUAUAUAGAGGUACUGUCGUAAUUUGGUAAUUGUGUGCCUCAAUUGUGCAUACUAUUUUCAGUAUGUUAACAUAAUUCAAAUUGAUUUUUAACAGAUUGGUUGUUUUUUCCAUUUAUAGAUGACUGUUGAAUUGUUUCAUUAUUUUUGGUUUAUAAACUUCUUGAUUUAUAUAUGAUAAUUUUGAUCUUUUUCUAUACUCUUCCACUUAAUCUUCUAAUUAUUAAUCAAGAAUGAAAUUUUAUAUCCAUAACACUCCUUUCAAUUGCUAUAAAUCGAGUGCCUCAAAGUCGUGUAUUACUUUCAAGGUAUCCCAAACUUAUGUUCAAUUCGUUGGCUAUUUUUCCUGGUUAAUAAUUUUAUGAUUGACUUUUUUUAUUAUAUAACUGGGCAAUAUAUGAAUAUUAAUAAACUUAUUAUUUUUAAUUUAAUAAAUUAUUGGUAAUUUUUUAUUUCUUCAAUUUUCAAAUAUAUAUUUACUGUCAAGGAAAUAUUUAUUAUACUUGAUUGGAAAAGUAACUUAAUACAGAACUCGAUGUUUUUCUAUGUCUACUAGUUCUAGUCUGUGUAUUUUUAUACUCGCACAAUAUAUGCAUUGUUAUUAUUA